AAAUUCCACGUCAGGCGAGGCUUCUUCAGUCAGACUCGUUGACGGCAGCAGCUCUUGUUCGGGAAGAGUGCAGGUUUUCCACGAUGGAAUAUGGGGAACGGUGUGUUACAAUGGCUGGGAUUUGUUAGACGCAAAUGUCGUGUGUAGUGAGUUGGGCUGUGGGGAAGCGAAAGAGGUGAAGUUAGCGGAAUAUUUUGGGAAGAGCUCAGGACAAAUAUGGUUGACUAAGGUGAAAUGUUUCGGGAACGAGUCCUCACUGACAGAAUGUCCAGUGGGUGAAGCGGACAAAUGGGGACAAAACAUGUGCCUUCUUGACAAGUAUGCUGGAGUCAUCUGUCAGACCAGAACCAGGCUGGUGAGUGGCAUAAACUCUUGUUCCGGACGAGUGCAGGUUCUUUAUAAUGGGACGUGGGGAACAGUGUGUGAUGAUGGCUGGGAUCUGUCUGAAGCUGCAGUGGUGUGUAGAGAGAUAGGCUGUGGGGAUGCCAUCGAGGUGAAGAGUUCUGCUUAUUUUGGAGAAGGUUCAGGACAAAUAUGGAUGGAUAAUGUAAACUGCUCUGGAAAUGAGUCUGCAUUGAGCAAAUGUGAAUAUCAUGAAUUGGAAUUGAAUGACUGCAAUCAUUCCGAGGAUGUUGGAGUCAUCUGUCAGUCUGUUAUGAGGCUGGUAGAAGGCUUUGACGAUUGUUCUGGAAGAGUGGAGGUUCUCCAUAAUGGAACAUGGGGAACCGUGUGUGAUUAUAAAUGGGAUGGAUCAGAUGGCGCAGUGGUAUGUAAAGAGAUGGGCUGUGGGAAUAUUAAAGUAUUAACAUAUGGUGCUUAUUUUGGAGCCACAUCAGGACAAAUAUGGAUGGGCAAUGUAAACUGCAAUGGAGAAGAGGCAGCUCUGAGCACCUGUGCAAUUCAGGGAUGGGGAACACAUAACUGUUUUUUUGCAGAGCACGCUGGAGUCAUAUGUGGCCUCCCUGUCAGGCUGGUGAAUGGUAAUAGCUCUUGUUCUGGACGAGUGGAGGUUCUUCAUGACGGUCAGUGGGGAACAGUAUCUGAUGAUGGCUGGAAUCUAACAGAUGCUGCAGUGGUUUGUAGAGAACUGGGCUGUGGAGAUGUUAUAAAGGCAAAAGGUGGUGCUUAUUUUGGACAGGGAUCUGGCCCAGUAUGGAUGAAUUCUGUUGACUGUGUAGGGAAAGAGUCUUCAUUGAUACAAUGUAACAUAGAUCACUGGCAGCACAACAACCUCGAUCACCUGCACGAUGCUGGAGUCAUCUGCAGUGAGCCCUAUUCCACAAACAGAGGGUCUGUCCAGGGCUUAGACACAAGUGUUAAAGUCCUGUUGAGGAUUGAGGUAAAGACCGACCCCAUGUUCGACCCAAACGUUCACAAAACCAUGAGUAAACUCUCAGAGGAGAUGGAGAAGCAGCUGCAUAUAAGCGGACCUUUCUCACUGACUUGGAAAACUCAGAAAGAUGGAAAAGUCUUCCAAGAGGUCUCCCAGAAAAAGAAGCCUGCAAGAAAAUGUAACUGA